AUGCAACUUCGCUCCAUUUUCCUCAUUGCAGCGAUUUUCCUAUCCCACAAUCCGUAUGCAGAAUCUAAGUUCUUCAAACCAAAAACUCUGCUGAAUUUUUUCGUCCAGCCAAUGAUUCACGUAGUUAAUUCAAGUUUGAACGGAACAAAAUGCGCCGAAGAUUUAAGAAAAAUAGUUUCUGGGGUGUACAACAUGGAAAUCUGGGCUAUGGAAAUGCUUGAUGCCAGUAGUAAAUUCGACAUGGGAUUGCUCACCGGAAAUACUAAGCUUUAUGGAAACUACGACCUGUGUAUUUCAGUCCAGAACAAUGUUAAGGGAAGCGCGGUGGAUGGCCAGUACUGUACCAUUCCUUUUACGCUAGACGACUAUUUGAAGAAAGAUUUAUACAAUGCUGUGGCGAUCUACCAGAAAAACAAACCCCACGAGAGUGUCAUCAUCGACCAGAUGACCUACUACUACGGUCUUUGCAUCCCUACAUCUUGCACUCUGCCAAAUGUGGCCAAAAUAUGGUCCAAACUAAAAAUUCUCCUGCACCUUCCAGCACAGACAAAAUUUCAAGAAUCGCAAUGUUACACCAAAGACCGGAAAAUCCAACCCAGCAAAAUCGACCCCUACAUCUUCACGAUCUACGACGUGUACAUCCGCAGCAAAAAAAAGGAACCCAAUAUUUUCGUGUGCGCCUCUUGGUACACCAACACGAAAAAGCUGUUGUCGACUCAUUGCGAAAACGACACCCUGAAGUGUUUGUACGGGGUUAAAGUCAUCAGCUCUGUGUGGAUAAUUGUUACGCACCUCGCAAUAACUAAAGUCCAUUUUAGUGUUAACCCGCUUUAUGCGGCGUUCGAGUGGUUGCAUCGGGUGGAGAAUUCCGUGUUUUCAGCAACUCCUUUUGCCGUAGACACGUUUUUUAGCAUUAGUGGCAUGUUGGUUGUUGUUGUUGGUUUGAAGGUUUUUGAUAUGAGGCCGGUUCAUUGGGCUCUUUUGUAUAUGCACAGGAUUUUGAGAAUAGGGCCGGCUUUAUUGGCGAUUAUUGCUGUUAAUGUCACUUUUGUUAAGUACAUGGUUGAAGGGCCGUACGUUGUGCAUAUUCUGCAUGAAUUGAAGACACAGUGUGAAAACAACUGGUGGACUACUUUGUUUUUUGUCAAUAACUUCGUGAGGAAUAGCGAACGGUGUGUUCCUCACACAUGGUACUUAUCAAUCGACACCCAACUGUACCUAGCAACGCCACUUCUAAUCUACUGUCUAAGAAAAAAACCGAAGCUCACCUUCUUAGGAAUCACCUUGAUUUGUAUCUUAAGCAUGCUCUACACUUGGCACGUAGUAGUCAAAAACAACUACGGAUUCAUAAUGUACUGGGACGUUGGUGUUGAAGGCAUCUACUUUUCCACCAUCAGUCGACUGCCUGCAUGGUUCGUCGGGACCUUCUUCGGCUACGUGCUUUACCGAGACUCGCACAAGAAAAUCCGAAUUUCGAAACAAGUCAAUUCGGCUCUAUGGGCACUGGUUUUAAGCACAAUAGUUGCUCUUGUUUUUUACCACAAGAUUUCAUUUCAAGGGGAAUACAAAGAAUACAUUUCUGCAUUUUACCACACUUUUUGUAGGUUAUUUUGGUGUUUGUCUGUUUGCUAUAUCAUUCUGAGUUGCUGCACCGGACAUUCAAAACUUGUGGACUCUUUUUUGUCGCACCCUGUAUUUAUCGUAAUGGGGAAACUCACUUAUAGUCUUUAUCUGGUACACCUGACUGUCAUCUUCGUGGUGAUGGCCCACAGAAAACAUCUCGGGUACUUCAGUAGCUUUGAAAUUUGGUUUGAGUUCUGUGGCCACUUUAUGAUAAUGUUAAUAAGUGCCACAUUGUUAUUUUUGGUGUUUGAAGCGCCUGUGUUUUCUUUCCUUAAGUUAAAAACACGCAAAUACAGUAAUCAAAAUUAUAAAAAGGUGACAUAAUGGCAAUAAA